UGGCCGUCGAUGGCGGGAUCGCGAUGAACAAUCCGACGGCUGCGGCGAUCACUCACGUUUUAAAUAACAAGCAGGAGUUCCCGCUCUGUAACGGCGUGGAGGAUCUUAUUGUAAUUUCACUCGGGAACGGAGAGUCGGAAUUCGGUGCGGGCGGAGUCACUUCUUCUCCUGCGACUGCGGGGCUGCUCAGGAUCGCCGGCGAAGGAGCUUCCGACUUGGUGGAUCAGGCGGUUUCUAUGGCAUUCAAAGAGUGUCGUACAAAUAAUUAUGUUCGCAUUCAG